GGUUUGGCAACACCUGGAUGAAGUGCACUGUGUCUUUAAGAUUGCGCGCGCGUGUGUGUGUGUGUGUGUGUGUACAUGCUGUACAAUUAUAGCAGGAUAAUCCCGACACACACAGGACUGAGCGCAGCUGAAAUGCAGCUGAAAUUAACGGGGAAUUAACGGGGAAUUGAGGAACAUGAGCUGAGCGCGUGCUGAAUCCGUUCCAGAGCAGAUAUGCAGUCGGACGAGGGGACGGAGUGGCUCAUGGAGCUGCUCACAGACGUGCAGCUGCAGCAGUAUUUCCUGCGAAUCCGAGACGAGCUUAACGUCACUCGUCUCUCUCACUUCGACUACGUGAAGACCGAAGACCUGGAGAAGAUCGGCAUGGGGCGGCCAGGUCAGCGGCGUCUGUGGGAAGCAGUGAAGAGACGCAGAGCGAUGUGUAAACGCAAGUCGUGGAUGAAGGUGUUCACAGGUAAGAGACCGGACACGGAGGCUCAGCCGGGAGUGACGUUUCGGGAUUCGUCGCCCUGCAGCAUUCCGGCCGAGGCUCACGGUGAAUCCCAGCCGGAGGCUCUGACCUGUCUGAUCAGCGACCGAGACCUGACGGUGCUGGAGAAACUCGGAGACGGAUCGUUCGGCGUGGUGAAGAGAGGGGAGUGGCAUGCUCCGUCUGGACGAGUGCUGAACGUUGCUGUGAAGUGCCUGAAGACGGAUUUGCUGGAUCAGACGGAAGGUCUGGACGAUUUCAUACGGGAAGUGAACGCCAUGCACUCCCUGAAUCAUCAGAACCUCAUCCGGCUGUACGGAGUCAUCCUCACACACCCCAUGAAGAUGGUGACAGAGCUGGCUCCACUUGGUUCUCUGUUGGACAGGUUGAGAAAGCGGCAGGGUCACAUCCUGAUCUCGGUGCUAUGCCGCUACGCCGUGCAGAUCGCGUGUGGAAUGGCGUACCUCGAGUCACGCCGCUUCAUCCACCGAGACCUGGCCGCUCGCAACAUCCUGCUCGCCUCCAAUGACCUCGUCAAGAUCGGAGACUUCGGCCUGAUGCGUGCGCUGCCCAAGAACGACGACCAUUACGUGAUGCAGGAGCACCACAAGGUUCCGUUUGCCUGGUGUGCUCCAGAGAGCCUGAAGACCAGAACCUUCUCUCAUGCCAGUGAUACCUGGAUGUUUGGUGUGACGCUGUGGGAGAUGUUCAGUCACGGCCAGGAGCCAUGGGUCGGCCUCAAUGGCAGCCAGAUCCUCCAUAAGAUCGAUAAGGAAGGCGAGAGGCUGGUUAAACCCGAGGACUGUCCUCAGGAUAUCUACAACGUCAUGCUGCAGAGCUGGUCUCCAAAACCCGAGGACAGACCGACGUUCGUGGCUCUGAGAGACUUCCUCGUGGAGACGAUGCCUACGGACAUGAGAGCGCUGCAGGACUUUGAUGAACCGGACAAGUUGAAGAUCCACGCCAACGAAGUCAUCACUAUCAUCGAGGGCAGGGCGGAGAACUACUGGUGGCGAGGUCAGAACCGUCAAACUCUGAAGGUGGGUCAGUUCCCCAGGAACGUGGUGACGUCUGUAGCUGGUCUUUCUGCCCAUGACAUCAGCAGGCCUCUUAAACACAGCUUCAUCCACACAGGCCACGGAGACACCGACCCUCACCGCAGCUGGGGCGCUCCUGAUAAAAUCGAUGAUAUAUACCUGGGGAACCCCAUGGACCCCCCUGAUGUUCUCGGGAUGGAUCCGAAUGCUGACAGACCCACUAAAUUACCAAACCGAGCCAAAAAGCAACCUCCACCUCGUCCUCCUCAGCCGGCCAUUCUUCUCAAGAAGCCUUUCUAUGACUCCGUGAUUGACGAUGAUGAUGAUGAUGACGAUGAUCUCAUAGUCACUGGACUGAAGAAGCUCUCUCUGAAAGCACCGUCAUACCUCGGGCUACGCCUUCGUCCGUGGGAGAACUCGGACCCGGCCGAUCACCUCAGUGAGGUCUCGCUCAUCGACUUCGGAGACGACAGCUUCAGCUCCGCCUCGCCUUCCCCAAUUACGGAGACUCCCGCCUCCAACUCCGCUCCGUCUGGAGCCUCCAUCCUGGAUUCUGGUCCUCCACCGAGCCCGUACCGCAGUUUGCCGAACCCUCUGCACCCAACCCCCGUGGUGGACUGGGACUCCCGGCCGCUGCCUUCUCUCCCUGCAUAUGACGAGGUGGCUUUAGAGAGUGAGGAGCAGGAGGACGUGGAGGUUAGCUCCAUAAACACUGCGAAGACUGACAAUCCAGACCAGAAUUACGAAAGUGUUGAAGGAGAUUUAGAUCCCAAGUGCAAAGUGGAAGACAAUCUGUUCCUUCCAUCCAAACCCGCUGUGGAGAACCGGUCUACUUCGCAGUCGGCUGACAUCUUCAAGGAGUUACAGAGGGAGGUCAUGGCGAAGUUGCGUGUACCAGCGACGGCACAAUCGAUGCCCUCGUCACCCCUCUUACCACACCGCCAAAUCAUCCUGCCAUCCUGCGAGGACAAGCCCCAGAUCCCACCCAGGAUCCCUAUCCCGCCAACACGGCCUUCCAGACGGACACGCGCCAGGCUUUCUGCCUCUUUGGGUGAUGAUGAGGAGAGACCUCAGCCUCCUCAGAUUCCUCCGAGAGACCACGCCAUGUCCCAGCCCAGCUCGCGAUCCCCCAGUCCCAUGAUCUCCACUCAGCAGAGACCAAUUCUGUGCUGUGUUGGUUCUCUAGGAUCCUGCCUCUCCCCUUCGUCGUACUCCUACGCUCCAUCCACUGCGCCGUCAAAGCUCACGCUCAGCCCCAGUAGAGUCAACUACAAUUCCCAGAAUGCUACUUCCUCCACCAAUGUAGACCAGAUUCGAGCCAAGAGCCCCUGCAACCUGCCGGUCAUGAGCGACACCACCAAGGCCAGCAGCACUCACUACUACCUGCUUCCUGAGAGGCCGACGCAUCUCGACAGAUACGACAAGUCUGGGAAAGAUUCAGAGCAAAACAAAGAACGACGGACCAACAUGGCGACCGUUAGACCCAUGGUGCAGCAGCAGAUCACCAAGCCCAAUCCCACCUCCAACCCCAGCAGCAGCAGCUCUCCGAGCUCAGCAGCGUUCAACACUUAUAGCAGUGUGAAACAGGUACAGGAGGCGGUCCAUGGAGUGACGGUAGAGGAGUGUCAGACAGCGCUCCAGAGUCACGGCUGGAACAUCCAGAAGGCUAUUGAGUACCUCAAGGUGGAGCAGCUGUUCCGUCUGGGUCUGAAGACUCGGCCCGAGUGUGUGGAAGUUCUGCAGAGGUGCAGCUGGAACCUGGAGCAUGCGAGCACCCAGAUGCUGGAUUCAUAUGGGCCCUCCAGACAAAGAUACUAAACCCAGCGUUGAGGAUGAACACAGCGCCCCCUUCUGUCCACAUGAUAAUCAUCUAUGAUCCUGCUCGAGACGUCUGUGCAUUAUUCCUGCGUUCUUUGUUGAGUGUUGCAGGACUCUGAAUAGCUCAUUACUGCUUCUGUCUGGAAAAAAACUAAAUGUUCUGAUGUUUAAGAAUAUAGUUUUUUUUUUUUUGAGAAUGUGGAGAAUAUUUUGUGGUUGUUGCCGUUCAGCUUUGUUUGGAACUUGGUGUUAAUUUAGCGCGACGCUUAAACCAGGUACUGGACUAAAUCUUUCUAUUUAAGACCUUCGUGUGUUAUUAUUUAAGUUGUGUUUUAUAUUUAUUGAUGUAUGAAGCAAAGGUGUGAAAGCAGAUGACUGUCGCUAUAUUAUUUAUAUUUAUUCGCUUUGAAAAAUGUGAAAUAUUUACGAUAUAUUCAUUCUGAGUAUUUUAUUUAUUUAAUGGGAUGGAUGAAACAGGGACCUCAUGAUGAAUGUCUGAAUAUUAUUCAUUAAUGCAGUAGUGGAAUAUUUAGCAGUUUUGCUUUAACACUCCAUCAUCAGCCUUUAAUUUUAUUUAUUUUAUGUGCCAUAUAUAGUGUUAAAAUACAAACACAUGUGAUUCAUUCUUUAAUUUGUUCAUUCAUUUCUUUAUUCAUGGUUAUCAAGUUACCAAAGAUGUGUAAUGUUUGUUGAUGGCUGUGGUGUCGGGCUUCAGUUUUUCAGGCCUCAUUCAUAAACAUUUCAUGGAUUCGACUUAAAAGUUUGCACAAGAACAAAAAUAAUCAGAUUUAUAAAACCAUGCAUAGGCCAACCAUAAGGCGUAAGACCAUGUGCACAAGUUCAGUCUUCUCCAUAAAUAACCAUAAAUGUUUAUUAACAUGCCCAUAUUAUGUACAUUUAUGAUUUUAUAUGCAUAUAAAUAGGGCCAUGGUUCACAGGGAAUGCGUUUGUAUGUGAAUACAUUUACAUUUAUUCAUUUAUUCACAUUUAUCAGAUGCUUUUAUCCCAAACAGCUUACAAAACAUGCACCAAUAAUAAGUUCAAGAAACCGAGGAGUUAUACAGAGACACAAUGCAAUCAGUUACAAAAAGGACAAUUAAAAAUGUAAAUACAUACAUAAUAAUACAAAUAUAUUUAAGAUGUAAUACAAAAAGCAAUUCGUGUAAAGUAAGGGUAGAGAAAGUAAAGGUUUUAUUCUGAAUACUAUCUAAAGAGGAAAGUCUAGGAAUAGUUUUGAAUAGUUUAAUACACUACUGUUAGAUAUGAUGCAUGAAUGUUGACUCAGGCCCAAAUUACAGAUCGUUUAGACAUUAAUAAAGUGAUAAUUUCACAUAAUAAAAUCAGAUUUAUUCUCUAACAAGCCUUUAUUGAAGCAUGAGUGCAGAUAAUUACACUGAUAACGUUUGGAAAACUGGUGUCUUUCCAAAAAAAAAAAAAACAAUCAGACUAGGCAGUAUUAUAGGGGUUGGCAUUCAUCAAUUAAUUAAUGUAUUAAUAUAAUAAUUAAUUAAUUAAUUUAGUAUUAUAUUUGUUUGUUUUAAUUCCUUUGAUGCUGCAGUACAAACAUCUUCGCAUUUAAAUAAAAGUAUAUAACAGAAUAAAAUAGUUACACAUAAUAUUAAAGAUAAACAUCUCCUAAAAUGUUUAAUUUCUGCACGUCUUUGUUAUCAAAUUCCAAACUCAGAUUUCUUAAUGCUUAGCUCAUUAUUAUGCUACAUUAAACUCACAGUGCUUCUUAUACACAGUGAGGAUAGAAAUAACCUCUCAGUGUCUUUAAUAAAGUAUGUGUCGAGCUUGAGCUGAGAAAUUUUGGUUAGUUAAGUCUCUGGAAUAGAAAACAGCUCAUGAGCUCAUUAAAAACAAUCACACCAUCUCUUUAGCCUGUCAUUGCUCUCUAAAAGUGCAAAUGGUGCACAAAUUGACAUUUUUAUAACCUAAAGCGUACUCACGACAUUGUUGGAAAAGAAAUUACGCCUGGGUGUCGAUUAACACUGAAGGAGCAUCCAACUCAUU